UGGUAGCGCUGCGCCAGACCACAACAACAAGGCGGCGGGGAGAGGCUGACCAGGCCGGGAGGAGGAUUUUGCCGCGUGUUUUGUACUUAAAAUAUGAGCGUGGCGGGUCGUGCCUGGCCGUGAGGAAGGCAGAGCAGGGGCGGAGCUGUACGUGCGGCGCCAAGGGUCCCAACACCACCAUGCCGGAGAUUAAAGUGACGCCGCUGGGUGCUGGGCAGGAUGUGGGGCGAAGCUGCAUUUUGGUGACAACGGGCGGCAAGAACAUCAUGUUGGACUGUGGGAUGCACAUGGGGUUCAAUGAUGAAAGACGGUUCCCAGACUUCUCUUACAUCACAGAGGGUCCACUGACAGAGUUCCUGGACUGUGUGAUCAUCAGCCACUUCCAUCUGGACCACUGCGGCGCGCUGCCCUACAUGACGGAGAUGGUGGGCUACAGCGGCCCCAUCUACAUGACCCAGCCCACCAAGGCCCUCUGUCCUGUUUUGCUGGAGGACAUGAGGAAAGUGGCAGUAGAGAGGAAGGGGGAAACCAACUUCUUCACCUCCAGCAUGAUCAAGGACUGCAUGAAGAAGGUGAUCACCGUCUCCCUGCAUGAAACCGUCCAGGUGGAUGCAGACCUGGAGAUCAAGGCGUAUUAUGCUGGUCACGUACUGGGAGCAGCCAUGUUCCAUAUUCGUGUGGGCCAGCAGAGCCUCGUGUAUACAGGGGACUACAACAUGACACCUGACCGCCACCUGGGGGCUGCCUGGAUAGACAAGUGCCGGCCAGACCUCCUCAUCUCCGAGUCCACCUAUGCGACCACCAUCAGGGACUCCAAGCGGUGCAGAGAGCGAGACUUCCUGAAAAAGGUUCACGACUCUGUGGAGCGCGGGGGCAAGGUGCUCAUCCCGGUGUUUGCCCUGGGCCGGGUGCAGGAGCUGUGCAUCCUCCUCGACACCUACUGGGACCGUAUGAACCUCAAAGUGCCUGUUUACUUCACCAUGGGGCUGGCAGAGACGGCCAACAAGUACUAUCGCAUGUUCAUCACGUGGACCAACCAGAAGAUCCGGCGCACUUUUGUCCACCGCAACAUGUUUGACUUUAAGCACAUCAAGCCCUUCGACAAGACCUACAUGGACAACCCCGGCCCCAUGGUAGUGUUCGCCACGCCGGGCAUGCUCCACGCCGGCCUCUCCCUCGCCAUAUUCAAGAAGUGGGCACCUAACCCCAGCAACAUGGUCAUCAUGCCAGGCUACUGUGUCCAGGGAACUGUUGGCCACAAGAUCCUCAACGGGGCCAAGAAGAUUGACUUUGAAAACCGUACCAGCGUGGAGGUUAAUCUGAGUGUAGAGUACAUGUCGUUCAGCGCCCAUGCAGAUGCCAAGGGGAUCAUGCAGUUGGUGAGGCACUGUGAGCCCAAGAACGUGCUGCUGGUGCAUGGGGAGAACGCCAAGAUGGACUUUUUGCGUCAGAAGAUUAUGCAGGAGUUCAACAUCAACUGCUACAAGCCAGGCAAUGGGGAGACGGCUCACAUCGCUGUCUCAAGUAACCUGGAGGUGGAAGUGUCCCUCUCGCUCCUGAAGCACACCAUGGCUGCUGCGGCCCUCACCACCCCGCCGGCCCUCCCCCUGGCUGCCUCCACCUCAGGGAAGACAGAGGAACACCCCACCAAGAAGCAGAAGGUCCUACACGGUGUCCUCAUCAUGAAGAACAAUAGCAUGAAGAUCUUGGGUGUGAAUGAGGCGUGGGGGGAGCUCGGGGUCGUCUCACACCAACUCCGGUUCACCGAGAGGAUAGAAGUGGAGCACAUCGGCCCUGUUCAGGCUCUCACCUCUUCCCUACACACCCUUCUUUCUCAUAAGCUUGGGGCGUCGCAGGUGCAGGUGGUGAGUGAGUACCAGCUCUCCGUGGCCGACUCGGUGGUGAUCAACAUACAGGACGAGAAUGACGACCCGGGGAAGAACAUCCUCCUCUCGUGGACUCACCAGGAUGAGGCUCUGGGAAGCAAGCUGCUGGAGAUCAUCAAAGCCAACUACAAGAAAUGACCCACGCCCAGCAACCCUCUACCCCAACCUCUGCCAUCCUCCUCUGCUGCCCACCUUCCCCACUCGUCAGCCGCCCCACUCUACAUACCACCUCAAACCGAGUGAUACGUUUGCUCAGCUCUCCUUGGUCAUCCACCGUAAUCCAGUUUUAUGUGGCUCAUAUAUCAGUUACUUGCCACAGCUAGCCUCUCUCUUUUUAGGGGGAAGGGUUAUUGCAAAUGCCAUCUUGAGGAACUUAAGCUCUAUUCUCUAAUGGCAUAGGUGGAUUUUUUUUUAUGAGUAAUGUCUUCCUUCACAUUUAUGGGAAGCUGUAUCACAUUUUCCUUUCAACCUCCCUUCCUGAGCACCUUUCAAGACUCCUCAGGGGAAGCUCAGAUGGGCACUUCAAGGCCCUGAGCAAAUCCUUCAGUUCACUCCUGUCAGGCUGCGGGACCUUAUCCUCUGCUGUUGGCAGUGGAUCUCCUGAAGAAAUUUGUGCACAUGUCUACAGCUAAAAAGAUGAUUGGAAAGUUGGUGACGUGUGUGCUCGAUCAAAGUGACAUGAAAUUCCUUCAGUUGUGUGAGUCGUGGUACUUCUCUUUGAUUCUCCUGAGUGUUCACUGCUGAAGUUAGGGCUGGUGGAUAGUGUGUGGAUGAUCAGCUGCUCCACAGUACAUGAAAAAUCAUUCAUGAGUGGAACUUUAACUUAGAAGCCACUCUACUGUGCUCUGACCUCUCAUCCACUUAGUAUAGUUGGCACUGGGAGCACUGGACCAAACAUGUUACCAGAGGCCAGCAACAGUGAGGUUGUAUGAAGACACUGGUGGCUGCAGAACAAAAGAAUCUCUCUUCACUUCAUGUUGUAUCAGAGAAGAUUCAGCACAGGACUGUCAUGUCCAGAUGUGCCAAUAUGCUGUUCAUAUUUGCCCGUAUAUUUAAGGAUGAUGAUUAUAUUUGUUAUCAAAUUCCUUUUCCAAACUGGAA